AUGAGCUUUACAGACAAAUGUCUGAUUAGAAAAGUUGCGAUUGUUGGGGGUGGUCCGGCAGGAGUGGCCGCUGCAAAAUACUUAUUGGCUGAAGCCUUCCUCGAGACCAUAGACAUAUAUGAACAGCAAAGUAGCCCCGGGGGUGUCUGGAACUACGUCUCUUACGAUGCUGAAGAACAGAUUCCCGCACCUCAGAUUGAUGCUCACCAAGAUUUGACAUGGCCACUUUCAACUGGAGCAAGAUUCGUUGGAAGCAGGGGAAGCCCGAUCUUCCCUACGCCUAUGUACGAUGGCCUUGAAACAAACAUUCCACAUUAUUUGAUGCAGCAUUCUGAGUCUUACUCAUUACAAAAGUAUCAACUAUUUCCCAAGCGGGAGACAGUCCUCGAGUAUCUGAAACAGUACGCCUCUGAUGUCAGGCACCUUGUCAAAUUUCGUACGCAAAUCACCGAUGUUCGCCUACGAAGUGAGGAUGAGCAUGACAUCUGGACUGUUGAAGGUCAGGACCUAAUUUCUCACACUCGAAUUAAACAGGAGUACGACGCGAUUGUUGUUGCAAACGGCCAUUACGACAUCAUCAGCAUUCCCAACAUUCCGGGAAUAAGAGGUUGGAAUCUCCACAAUCCAGGACUUAUCUCUCAUUCGAAGUUCUUCAGAAAUGCGGCGUCAUUUAAAGAUAAGAAGGUUCUAGUCGUUGGGUUCUCGGCAUCUGGCCUCGACAUUACAUGGCAGAUCGGUGCCACAGCGAGGCUUCCCAUUCUGGUGUCUCAAAGGUCAACAACAUCUACAGAGUAUCCAAUACCCAUCAAAAUGGACGUCCCAGAAAUCGCUGGAUUCCUGUCGCCGUCUUUGAGACCACGGGCCGUACGAUUUGUAGAUGGUCGGGUUGAAGAAGACAUUGAUGCAGUCUUGUUCUGUACCGGCUACUUCUAUUCCCUGCCUUUUCUCUCCUCUCUCAAGCCUCCGUUAGUAUCCAGCGGUGAUCGUGUGGAACGACUGUACAAACACUUAUUCUCCAUUGACCAUCCUACCCUUGCUUUCGUUGGUUUACCGUCCAAGAUUAUCCCUUUCCACCGACAUAUGCAGUCUGAGGUCAGCUUGCGUCCGUUCACGAAACAUGAACCAAGGCAUGGGCGGCAGGUGGAUCCGGAGAUAGAGGCGGAGCAGAGAUUGCUUGGCACCAAACGGAAUGACGCUCAAGCAGUUCCAAUACAAAAGCCACGAAGCAGUCGAGAAGUAGUCAGGAUGCCUAACGUGAGUAAAGCUGCUGGUAGUGAAAUGCUUGCCGCUCAUUGCGGACUGAAGAUGCCCGUUGGUGGCCCUAGGCCUAGGAAUACCCUUGAUACAAACAACUCACUCCCGAACGUAAGAAAAGCUCGAGAUUCCGCACACAACACUCUAUUUUCUAAGCCAAAUCAACUCCCAACACAAUAUUUUCGGGGAAGUAAUAUUGGGAGACAAUUGUCUGCGGAGUCCAGCAGUUGCUCACAUCAACCCACCGCAAAAAGACGCAAGAUAGAAAGAGUCGCCAACAGCGCCUCUCCCGUCUCAGAUGUGUCAGUUGAGGACCCAAUGAAAGGCCAGCCGCCAGAUGAUCUCAUCAUAAUUGCCAAAAGUCCAAGCAUGAGUCGGACGCCCUCAGGAUCCGGUCAACAAUUAGCUCAAAGACAGCUAAACGGGACCUUUGGUGGGGUCAAUGAAUACCGAGCGGUCGAAGAGACGAUGAAUAGCACUAAGAUUAAGCGCAGAAAGCAACGGAGGCGAAGCAACAAAAGCCACUCCAGCGGCAUUGAACUUUCAGGUUCUUCCUCUCCUCAUUCCGGCGUCCAAACGAGCAUUGGCCAGAUCAAUGGCCAGGUGGACUUUACGGGAGGUGAAGACGAGCUCUCUGAUGCUGUUCCCGGUGACAAGACGGAUCAUUUGUCGAUGUCUUCUCCCAAACCAACUGUAUUACAGAGGCAACACAAUGACAUGCAGCAACAUGACUUACAGAACGGUACUGAAACAUCAAAGUACUUCUCUACUGAAGUUAGCAAAAGACUUCGGAGAUCCCCAGAGAAACCUAAACUUACUAGCAACACGCCGACACGCGACUUAAGACUUAAUUCAAUAUUCGUUGGAAUAAACGGUAAAAAUAGAGGAUUGCAAUCCUCAACCGCCAGCCCUGACGAGCUAGCUUCAGGUACCACGGUUGGUAGGAGGGCGGAUCGAAAUAUCGAGUCUCCAACCAAGACAAUGCGAAAUGCUGUAGGAACACAUACAAAUUCUGCGAGAUUGAUCAGACUGCCAGCUAAAGAAAACGACAUACCUCCUGCCAAGUUUCAGACAAAGCGUUUGGUAAAAGAAAGAGAGGCACCAGAGUCCUUUGCUGUGGGCAUAACAAGCAUCAAUCUGCCAGGGUUAGAAGAUCUUAGAUCACUAGGUCUCAGCCAUCAUCCAAAGGAAGACAUCUACAAUGUCAUCCACAACGGCGGUACACUAAAGUAUUCUGGCUCGGGUUGUCAGGUGAUCCGAUCAAAAUUGCAGAAGAUAGUCUACGAAAUGCGUGGUAAGAGAAUUCGUUUCGAAUCCUCUCUUGUCGGAGGCGCCAAAGGUACACUCGAGAUUCAGCUGUCUAGAGUCGAAGAUAUGGAUCCGCUGUUGAAGCACCUUGAGCGAAAAGACUCUCCACAAGUCGUUGGAAAGGAAAGCGAAUGGAUGCAGAAACUGUUUAGUACGACUUACGAGAAAACAAAAAAGUUUGAGACUCGGAUCCUUGCCAGAUUAAAGGCCGAAAGCUCGGGUGCUGCAGCUUUACAAGUAGAUGAAUUGAGACGCCACAACAUCCAAAAACGAAAGCUCGGUCGAGAAAGGAUUACAUCGACUGUGAAACCUAACAUCGUGGACGGCCUUGUUAGUAGUAAGUCGUCUGAAAUCGCACAACUUUCUAAGGAGCGUUUGAGCAAAGAAACGUCAUCUAAACCUCAGCGGAAGACCACGUCAGGAGUCGAUGGAGUGUUGAAAAAUCUUAAACCUGGAUUUUUCAAUGAUAAAGAGACCCCUCGAAGAUCUACGCGAAGUUCUAAUGAUGCAUUGAAAUCAGACGACAUCGAAGCCGAUAAAGCUAAUUUACCAGAGCCACCAAAGUAUUCGAAAAUUCAUGGCCUCGGAUCGAAAUGGAAAAGGCCCCUCAGCUAUCCUAAAAUUGGAAAGAAGAAAGCGACUGUUGAAUUUCAGGACCUCGAGCGACUGGACGAAGGCGAGCUUCUCAACGAUAGUCUAGUCACCUUCUAUCUGCGAUACCUUGAACACGACCUGGAGCAAAGAGAUCCAGAACAAGCGAAGCGCAUAUACUUCUUCAGCACGUAUUUCUAUGAGCGGCUUACAAAUUUUUCUACAGGUAAGCGGGAGAUUAAUUACGCUGCUGUCGAAAAAUGGACAAGGAACGUCGAUAUCUUCACUUACGAUUACCUGAUCAUCCCUGUCAAUGAGGCUUACCACUGGUAUGUCGCAAUCAUAUGCAAUCUGCCUGCACUCAACCGGAGGUUGAAUUUGCCAGAGGGCGGCUCCUUUGACCCCCAGCAAGAUGAGCAUGUCAACACGUCGCCUGUGACGAGUCAGGGCUCCCAUAUUGUUGAGGCCAAAGAGCAGCAGUCUGUAGCGAACGGAGAGGGUCUAGCAGAAAGGGGUACUCGAGAAUCAUUUGCAGAACUAAGCCUUGAUGGUGAGGAUCAACAAUCGAUCUCGCAAACAAAAAAUGUCAAUUCAAAUGCAGAAGCGACUACCGAGGAGUCUGUUGAACUAAUUUUUGAAUCCAAGCCUGAGACGGUGGAGCGUUCAGGAGACGUUUUUGAAAACAAGCCAAAAUCACCCUUGAGCUCAAAAAAGCAAAAGCGGCAAUCCCUCGCACCCAUCAUGCGUACCGAUCCUACCAAACCACUCAUAAUCACGUUUGAUUCAUUCGGUACUCCGCAUAGCCGCCCUAUCGGGCAUUUGAAGGACUAUCUGCUCCAAGAGGGUAAGACCAAGAGAGGUGGGAUGGAGAUUGAUGCUGGUUCCAUCAAAGGUAUCACUGCGAAGGGCAUUCCCGAGCAGAACAAUUUUUCAGAUUGCGGGAUUUACUUGCUUGGAUACUUGGAAAAAUUCAUGCGAGGAGAUCAGCAGCAAUUCAUCUCGAAAACCAUCAAAAGACAAUUUGUGGAUGGGGACUGGUCGGCUCUCGUACCGAGUCAAAUCCGAAACAGUGUCCGUGAGCUUUUGCUGGAUCUGGGCAAAAUCCAGGAAGAGGAGUACCGUAACGCAAAAGGGGAAAGACGAAAAAGCGAAGAUAAGGGACAUCAGGAGACAGCUAAGAUCUUGGAACACUCCAUGACGAAUGAACCUCCAGUGCAUGCUUCUGGGAAGGCCAUAUCCACAAGCAUCCCGUCAAAGCCACCAUUCCUCACCAGGGGAGAGGCUCUUGAGCAAGCACAGCCUCUUGAUAGCGCGUUGGAGCAAAAUCCUGGCAAGGAAAAACUUGCAAAAUCUACCGAGAUUGAGGCGACAGAAAUGCUGGAUGACGAUCAAGCUCCUAUUCAGCCGCACGCUCAGUUCAUGAAUCAAGAAGAGGCAUCUCUAAUUCUUCUUGACGAGCGUCCCUAUCAAGAAGAGCAAUCACAGGUCCUAAAAACCCAGCCUUCGUUGCCUGGAGGAUUUCCAACAGAAAACGCAGAGCUCCCAAAUCUACCCUCUCAGAUCGAGGAUUCCCAAGAGCCUCAGCAGGAACGAAAGACUCCUGAUGCGACUUUUGUGCCAAGGACGCCUUCGCCUAUCCUUCAACCACAAAAAGUAAAAGAACCUCACAGCACCCCAAACCUUGAGACCGUCGCAGAGAAUGGGAAUGUUGCGGAGCCCGAGCCUAAACGACGGAGAAAGCGCUACCAAAAAGAGCCAUUAGAUGAUCCUCCAGCACUGGUAAAGAUGAACACUGUCAUCAGUAUUGACGAUUGA